UCUGAUAUAAUUGCGUCCUCGUCUAUCAGGCGGACAGGUCGUGAUCGCCCGCUUCGCUCGGGUGACAUAUGCAUUUUAUUGUUAAACAAAAAAUAAUAAUUAAAUCUCUUAUUGAUCGUAGAACAAUUAAGCGGCCUUUGCUCAGUAAUUAACUUGCAACAGCUAAAGUGUGGGCCUCAGUAAGUCGCAACGUUUGCCAACAACCUGCAAAGAUGGCUUUUUCGCACAUGGCUCGCUGUCUCCGGCAGGGCUUCCAGCAACUGAGCAAUGGGAACAUGAGGGGCCCCCCAAAAAUACUGCUGGGCUUCAUGAUAAUGCCAGUUCGGCAGGCCUCCUGCCUAGAAGUGACCAAGAACAUGUCACUGCUGUCCAAUGAAAAGAAAAAUACAGCGAUCAACGACUUCAAGUUGGAAGAGCCCCAAGACAAUCCGCUAGUAGUGCUGAUUGCCUGGAUGAUGGCCAAGAAGAAGCACACGCAAAAAUACGCUGAUAUUUGGCUGCAAAAGGGGUUCGAUGUGUUGUGCGUCACCGUCAAUCCCUGGCAGUUUUUAUGGCCCGUCACAGGCACCCAAGUUGUCGCAGCGGAUAUUCUGAAGUUUCUGGAACAGAACAAAUCCUAUUCCCAGAUGAUGCUUCAUGGGUUCUCAGUUGGCGGCUAUCUAUGGGGAGAAGUAAUGGUACAGAUGGCACAUGAAAAGGAGCGCUACCAACAGGUUCUGGACCGAUUUGCUGGGCAAGUAUGGGACAGCGCUGCUGACGUUACUGAGAUUCACAAGGGUGUGCCCCCCGCUGUGUUUCCGCGCAAUAAAGUCAUGGCUAACGCCCUUUCGAAGUACAUUAUCUACCACAUGAAGACCUUUGACAAAGUGGCAACGCGACACUACGUGCGCUCCAGCCAGAUGUUUCACACGAAUAUGGUGCGGGCUCCUGCUUUGUUUCUGCUGAGCAAAACUGACCCGAUUGGGGCUGAGCGCUCCAAUCAGCGAGUGCGCGAGAACUGGGAGAGUAUGGGCAUGAAGGUCGACUGGAAAGUGUUCGAAAAGUCGCCCCAUGUGGGCCAUUUCCGGAAAUACCCGAAGGAAUACGUGGCGCAGAUUUACGGAUUUUUGGAUGCCGUUAAAAUGAAUCGCGACGCGCAGAAACAAGACGACGACAAGCUUAAAAUCGUGCAAUGAAACGUGCCAACUGCUUUAUUUUCCUGAUAUUUUACCCAGAUAAGUUUAAGCGUUUUUACAAUUUUAGUUCAUACGUUUUGAAAGUAUUUCAUGGUUCUCCUUUAUUGCUCACUAGGUUCAUUCGAAAUGUUCAUCAACUGUGAUAAAGAACGUAGGCUGUAAAGGCAUUUUUCGCAUUUGCAAUGCUUGUGGUUUCUGAGCGUUUUACACGCCAUUAUGAUUGUCACGCUUUGUUUCGUCAAAACUCGUAUUUCAUCCAUUUUCCGAUCAAGUUUUAGAACGGGAUUUGUGCCUUCAAUGCAAAUUAUCAAAUAUAUUUGUUACGACUC